CACGUCUCUGCGUAAAAAUAAAGUCGACAGCGCGCGCAUGCGUACUUCAACCCAUUUAUAAUUAUUAGUAAAUCGUUGCACGAGCGCUCGACUGCCGCGGCGCGUUAUCGCUCGAAGAAACAAAAAUCGGUAACCUCGAACUAGAGUCUCUCUGGUAGCUCUUGCGUGAUCAAAGAAUUCAUACAAUAAUAUUAUUAACAUCAGUGUCAGAUCUGUUUCAGUUCAUAUACGCUUACGCAAAUAUAAAACAAUAUUAUUAUUCUUGUGUUGGAGAUAGUGUGUUUGUGUUUGUAAUAUUAGUAUCUAAUCUGUGAUAAAAGUUAAGUGUGUGCAGGUAAUAUGCCUGAUAAAAGCAAGAAACGUAAAAAUAACAAGAACAAACGGAAAAACAAAGGCCAAAACCAAAAUGGGAACACAAGUAAGUCAGUUGUUGUUAACAUCGAUCAAAUAGGUUCUACCUCCGAUUCAGGUAAUAAAAAUGAAAAUGAUGAAUACAUACAAUCAAAUAAAAUGCAAAUUCUUACUUCUAGUUGUAUGGAAAGUCUCGAAACAGAACAGAUAAUUCAAGAUCAAGAACUAUCCACGAAUAUUGAUCUUAAGACGAACAUAGAAUUAGAUAAUGAUGUAACUAAUGCGACAACAUCAUCUGAUACUAAUGAUGAAAGUAUUACCAAUCUAAAUUAUGUCGUAGAGCCUCCAAAACCACACCCCAAAGGUAAUCCUAAAUUGCGUAGUGAUAUUAAAAGUAAAAGCGUUGAUAAUGAUGAUGGGCCAAGUAUUGUUGAACUAUCAGAAGAUGAUAACUGUGGAGAUGAUCUAAAUAGAGCAGCACUUAAUAGUAGCAUGAUUACUGAAGUUGAGUCUGAUAUUGAAUGGGAAAAAGCUGAUGACAUAAAAGAAAUCAAACAUUUAUCUGAGGAGAGUGUUGUACCGGGAGCAUUAUCAAUCGUGACGAUUCCACUAAGCGAACACUUUGCAAUUUGUGAACAAACAAAAUCUCUAAGUCCUGAAGAAGAGUCAUCAUUAAGAAACUAUUUAUACAGUUUGAAUUUAUCUACAAAUCCAACCGAUUCCCCCACAGAAAUUAAUACAGAAAUAGAGAACAUAAUUAAUAAUGAAGUUAAACUCCGCCUUAGAAAAAAAGCCUUAGUAGAGGAAAGUUUCCCCAGACCCUCAAGAUCGUUAGCGGUGAUAGCGGAAGAAGCAAGUGGAGAAUCUUCGACUGCAUCAUGCCGUCAAUCAUACUUAAGUGACAUAAAGAGUGAAACUGAUGAAUUAGAUGAUGAUGUAUUUGAACCCUGUAACACGGAAACUAAGAAACUGAAAUCGUUGAGUAAGAACUUUUCACCAAAUCUGAUACCUCAAAAAUGUUUCCUUGUUGAUGCUAAGCUAAAAGGGCCUGACAUAAGUGAAGCAAAGGGAUCAUGGACGACAAAAACAGUGGAAAAGAUGACAGGUGCAGAAGUUGUUUACCUGACUGAUUCAUCAAGCAGUACUAGUUCUAUGCACGACAUAAAUGAUAAUGACGAUCAAAAUGAAGAAAUUGAAACAUGUGUUCGAAUAAUUACUCCUACGAUAGAAGUUACUGAUACUGAAAAAUUGCUUAAAAAAAAUUACGCCAUAGAGUCAAAUAUCAAACAAAAUAAAGAUUCUAAGACUGUGACGUCUGAUAUAAGUGAUGAGUUUAGUGUAUCUCAAUCUUUGGAUAAUACAGAUAAUACUAAGAUAUUAAAUGAUGAGGCAAAUAAGAUGACUUCUAAAAAUAUUGAAUCACAUGAAAUUAUUGUGGAUUCAACAAGCAACUUUAAUACUUCCUUAAUUGUGAAAGAUGUUGAUAACGAUUUUAAACACCAAAAUACAGAAUACAUUGAGGGCAAAUCUACAAGUGAAACUCAUGAAUUUAAAGAAAUUCCAUGUAAAAGCAAGAAAAUUGUAGAUGACUAUGAUCUCGAAAUCAAAGUUUUGAAAUGCGAGUUAAACGUUGCAAUUAACAAUUUAAUUAAAGAAGUUUCUUCAGAUUCUGAAACAUCAAAUGAUAUUGUAAAUUAUUCUUUAAUUAGUCAAGAUUCAUCUAGUAGUAUAAGCUCUUCACAGUGUACUGCAAAGUACAUUCCCAGAAGCUCUUCGCUAAAUGAUUUAUCUAAUUUUGAAUUAGAUGAAUUUAGUAAUGCUGAAAACAGUAAUAUGCAAAUACAAAAUAACACGAGCCAUGUCAUAGAUGUUAUACAGAAAGUUGAAAACAAAUCUAAUGAAAUUAAUGGAGGCUUAAAAUAUUUGGAAACUAUACAGCCCAAAAAGCUACGAGAUAUGUGUUUAAAGAAAAUUAGUGAAUUUCCAUUUGGAGAAAAGAUUCUUGAAGAGCUAGCUAAUGUGUCAUAUGAGUUGGAAGCAUUUAGUGACAAGAUACCAUCACUGUUCAACAUUUCAUCUAUAAAAGGUAGUCGUGCGCAUGGUAAGGAGGUAAAACUCCAUCAAAUGAACGAGAGUCAAAAAUCUAUACCAACUCCUCCUGUCCGUAAACGUCAUUCAUCACUUAAUGUUUUGACAGAAAAUAGUCAGCGCUAUCAACCCAAAGAUUCUGAGCUUAAAGAAAAUUACCAAUGCCUAUCACCUUCCCACAAAAUGUUAAUUGAAAAAACAAAUACAGAUACAUCAAAAACGUCCCAUGAAAAACUUGUGGAAGAUCAAAAAGUAUGCAGUAAUUUUAAUAAAAAAACAGAAGAGAUAGCUGAGCUUGAAGUUCCCUUUAAAUCUCAGACUGGAAGUCGUUUAUUAGCUCUCUUGCGUAAUCCAACAUUAUCAAAAAGUUCGAAAGAUUUAAAUGAAAAUAAAAAUGAUUUCAGAAAUAAAUUUAUUGAAAAAGAUCAUUUAGGAAGAAUAUCUACCAAGAACUCACUUUGUUCUAUAAGACCAACCGCAACAAAAAUGUCUUCGUGUUUUUCUGAAUAUGAUAAUAAAUCACACUCUACAUUAAAUCAUUUAAAGCCUCAAAACAAAUUCUUACAUUAUUCUACUGGGGCAUUAAAUAAAGAUAUAGAAGAUGAUAUUUCUUCCAUACAAAAGAUGUAUCGAUAUGACAAUAUUUAUAAAACAUCGAGGUUGGAACAAUACCCACGAAGACCAUCUUUACCAAAAGAUUUGUGUGAUCAACAGCUUGAAUAUAUUUGUCGUAAAGAAAAAGAAGUAGAGGCUGAAAUUAAUCGAUUAGAAAAUGAACAAAAAAAAUGUCCUCCAAGAAGAGGACCACGUGCUCCAAUGUUAUCAGAUAAUAGUGCUAAUAAUUCAUACAAUUACAAAACUAAUAAUCGCGAAAAGUAUGGAAAUCUUAACACAAACUCUUUUCAUAAAAAUAAAUAUGAAACAAAAAGUAACAUUUCAUCAUUAUUUGGUAAUAGUCAAGAAGAAAUACUUCGUGAACAAAUGUAUUCCGAAUACGUCUGUCAAAUGGCUGAACGAGAGCAAAGGAAACAUAAAAAAAUUAUAAAAAUUUCAAGAACACCCUUAACUCACGAUGUUGAAAGUAGAUAUUCAAAAAGUAUGACAGACUUGCAAUAUCUUAAAUCCAAAGUUAAUAAUCGCAUCGAGAAGGAAUUUAUCGAUAAAGCAAAAGAGAGAUGGAAUAAAUUAGGCAUCAAAGACCCUGAAACGGAGGAUGAACUAAGAGAAAAUGACAACAACUUGUACAAAGAAUCUAAAGUUAUUAAUCAUAACAUAAAAGUGAUUGACUCUGGUGAAGAAAAAGACGUGAAAAACUUGCCUUGUCACUUACAAGACUUCGUAAGAUUCACAGCUAAAGAAAAAACUGACAAGUCAGAUAGCCCUGAGACCGUCAUGAUCGCUCCGACGUUCAAAGCGCGGUCUACUUCACCAGCUAUCUGGAAGCCAGGAGUGCCUCCACCGCCUUCGGGCGCUAGUGGGGCUGCCACCGCACCGUCACCUCCCCCGCCACCUCCUCCACCAGUCUGGACUCCUAAUAGCACCACAUCAUCACCACUUACACCGAAGAAAUUAUUCAGACCAGUACACUUCGAGGAAUCGCCGCCUGCACGCAAAAAGUUUGAGAAUUCUGAGCAAAACGGCUGCAUGAGCAAUUCAGAGACCGAGUCCCGGCUUCGUACCUCACAGAGCGCGCCGGCCACUGGACUUCAUUCACUCGCCAGCCGCCUGCCAAGAGUCCAGAACCCGACCGUUACCUUGCUGCAGAAAGCUAGAGAAGGACAGGUACCAAGAACUUCGGGCUAUCCAAGCCAAGAUAAGGACGCGCGCCUUCCUCGAGACAGACCCUCGCCGCCUGUGGGAGACCCAGUGCACGCGCUACGUCGUGGCUACGUCAGUGAAGGCGAAGGCUCCAGGAGCGACAAGGAGCGUGUUCAGACGAUGACCGACACCGACCGACAGAAGAUAGAAGGAGUUGGCCCCACCACUAGAGAAGGAAUGCCGGUCACCCUCAGAUCAGAAGUAAAAGACCCAUCAAAAUGGUACAAGAAGAUGUAUGAUACAAUUCAUAAAAAUAAAUACGACAACGAUUAUGUGACAAUCCGCUACAAAAGCCGUCGAGAUGAAGAACCACAAAGAGUUAGCAGCAGUAGAUCCCAGUACGCAUACUUCGAUCCUCGCUCCGGAUACCUGAGUGAGCCUGAAGGAGGAUUAAGGAGACUGACCACCAGUACUUGGAGCGACGCUUACGACAGCGACGCUGCCACCGGCCCCAGAAGGCGAACUGCAUCUGUUCAAGAAGACAGGCGUGACGUGUCAUCUCCAUAUCUAGCCAAUAAUAAGUAUAGUACAUUAGCCUCCACAAGAGCGAGUCAUGAGGUGUACAAAACGCAGCCAGGGAAAAUCGAGAACUAUACCCCUGGAAAGUCAUCAGUGGUCGAAAAAGAAGCGAAACAGUGGUGGGACGAGGUCAUGGACAUUUUUGACGGGUGGCUUGACGAGAACUCACCCCUUCCACCAUACUCAACAUUGCUCCUUCGCGCCAUCCACAAGAAUCAAAAUAUCUCGAGCACAACGUCUCUGCCGCAAGCGUCACCUAAAGAGAAGAAGGAUCUAACAUCCGCUAUACUAUCGAAGUCUAAUAUGGCCAGAGCGUUAAAAGAGUCGGGAUAUGAAUCAGAUUCAACGCUGAUAUUUAAGCGCCGUGAGGAGACUGAAGCACCGCUCUCUCCCGCCGAUCGCCGAGCUGCUUAUAGGGACUUACAGGCCGGGGGGGAACCACCCUUGAGAGGGUUCCGCUCACCAGCCCCGCCCAGAACUGAGUCGGAUUCUGCACCGGAUCCACCGCAACGGAAACAACAUGGCUGCUUCUCCGAUUCAGAAUCUCCGAACCGUCGCUACGUCGAGAGUGACGUGAAUAUCCACUACCGAAUCCCCGUCCGUCAUGAUCCCCUACCGCUGGUUCCCGAAAGAGAACUGGCGCGGCAGCAGGCAGAGCACAUGAAACGACUGUAUCGAGAGCAGAAGAGGAACAAAUAUCUCCAGGAAAAUGACAUAAACCCGAUCGACAUAGAAGCAUUUGAUGCAUCAAUCAAGGAGCUACAGGAUAUGCAGAACAGACGCCAUCAGGAUAACUUCACUCCAUCACAGAAGGCGGUCGUGCCGCUCAACAGAUACGACGAAGCUGAAAAAAUAGUUGCCAGAGCACUGUAUACCUUCAAUGGACAAACUUCUAGAGAGUUAAGUUUCAAAAAAGGAGAACUCAUACAUGUUAGAAGACAGAUAGAUAAUAAUUGGUAUGAGGGGGAAAUACAUGGAAAAGUUGGGUUGUUUCCGUAUAACUAUGUUGAGUUAUUGAAGGGCGACGUAACACAGACACCAAAGAAACAAACGAUGAUCGAAGGUCGGGCGAGAGCCAAGUUUGAUUUCACGGCUCAGACGAACCUGGAGCUGCCGCUUAAGAAGGGGGAGGUGGUGGUUCUGACGAGACGGAUCGACCACAACUGGUGGGAGGGCAGGCUCGGGAACAAAAUGGGGAUAUUCCCCGACAGCUACGUCACCGUGAUACAAGAACCUAGUCAGAACAAACCUGCAAGGCCAAUUCUGUGUACCGACAAGCCAGUGGCGGCGCCUGCAGCCCAUGGCUUGCUGAACGGAUCAGACAAGCGCAGCAUGGGCUCCCACAACUACAUACCGCAGCCUAACAGCCCAGCGCUGGCCAAUGCACCGCCAGCCACGCAGCCUUUGAUAGGGUAUCCAUCAAAGGCAGCACAUCCAGCCCAAACUCCCUCGGAGCGUGGCUACGGGCCUCCCACUGGAGCUGGAGUAGACCUCAACAAUACGGAACCGCUUUAUGUUGAUACCAAUGCUGAGGCAGUGCCUUACCGCGCGAUGUACAAGUACCGGCCUCAGAACCCUGAUGAGUUGGAGCUGAACGAAGGAGACACGGUGUACGUGCUGGAGAAGUGUGACGACGGCUGGUACGUCGGCUCCAGCCAGAGGACCGGCCGCUUCGGUACCUUCCCGGGUAAUUAUGUGGAGCGCAUUUGAUAGCGCCAAACGUCGCUUUUCCGGCGACUUCGACGCGCUACGCUGUGUACGAGAAAACUACAUUGAAACGCACAAACACAUACACACCUAAGUAACACACACAUAAUAAAUUAAGGACUAUACGUGACUCAGUAAACCGUAAAGUGCGUUGUUUUAAUAUUGUGUAGAAUGAACGUUAUUAGUUGUAUAAGUAGACCUUCACUAUAUCAAUUGUUACCAAAUAUACCAUGACCACGUAAAGCUCUGUUCAAACUGAGGCUACUAUCGCGCGAGACGCGCGACGGAAGUCUCUCGCGCCGAUUGUGUCAGCUAACUUGUAUGGACGUGUUCAAAUUGACGCGAGUAGUCGAUGUUUCGCUCAAGUUGAUGCGAAACAAGAGCGGGACGCCCGGUGGGAUUGUUUUAUCUCACAAUGCAUGAUGUUUCCCCACUGAAGAACCAAAAAUGACACGUGGGAAGUCGCGUCAGUGUGAGAGACUAAGCGAGCGAGCGAAUUGCUCUAAAACGCGUCCCGCGACCCGCGCGUUAUUCGCCUCAGUGUGAAGUGAGCUUAAUUCGAUACGGUGUCAUACAAGCUGUAUAAAUUUACACCGAUAAUUUGCUUCUAGAUUUUAUUUAUAUUUUAAUUAUACUAACAAUUCUAUUUAAUCAAAUAACGAUCGUAUUAUGUUGUCUAUGGGCUUUUCACCAUAUCAUUUUAAAUAUAGUAAAUUAACCAUUUUCAUAUCCAAAGUUAUCUUACAUAUUCCAAAGAAAUUGUUUAAUAGUUAUAGCUACAUGUUUUCAAAUAUAUGUAUAAUUAACAUUGUUGUAAAAACCUAUUAAAUGAUAUACAAUGAGUGUAAUGUUAAAUAGAAAUAGGUAUUUAUUUUUAACUUUAAAGUCAAAGGAGAGCUCACCUUUUAAAGUACAUAUUUUUAGAAGAGAUGAGCUAAAUAAAUGAUUUAACAAUGACUUACGAAAUCGAAUUUUGUUGCGUAGCAUUAUUAUGAUUAAUUUCGACAGCAUAAUUUUGAUUUUAAAUAACAGAGCUACAACCUCGAUUACAUAUUUUCUGCAAAGGUUUAAUAUUAUUUAACAAUUCAAAUAACGCAAAAUAAUCAAAUUUUAAAUUGUUUAUUAGAAUCUAACAUAAACCAACAUGAUAAUAAAAACCAAGUUGUAAAAUAGUUGACAUCUAACAUGAUGGUAACUAAAUUAUUCAUUAUUUAUUAUUGUUUGUCCGCAUUAUGAGACUCAUAUUUCAUCACAAUACUCAUUAAAAACUUAGAUAAGGUUGAUAUUUAUCAUAAUUAAAGGAAUGCGCCCACUACACCGUUUCAUACCAUGACCAUACAAGAAAGUGUCAGGUAUGAGACCACAUACACCUGCUAGAGCUAUUUCGUUACCGACAAUCAGCUCCUCGUGGAUACUGUUCCCGCGCUAUCGAUCCUUCUCUGGCUGGCACCUUUAUGAUAUGGCCAUGGUAUGGUAUAGUGUAGUGAACAGACUCCUUUAUAGGGCGAGUAACUUGGAAACAUUUGACAAUACCUACUAUAAUUUGUAAUAAUAUUAUAUGUAUAGAAUAUAUGUGAAAAAUAUUUGUUAGCUGUAGAAAAAUAAAAUAUCGCAGUUAUUUUAUAAAACUCUGCUUUAUAUGUUAGUACCUAGUCAAGAAUUAAUUAUUUUAUAACUUAUUGUUGCAUACUUGCAGUCCAAUCGUAAAUCUUUUGUUGUCAAAGAUCUUUUGUUGUGUAAUAAGUGAUGCAAUGACAUUAUGUAUAUUAUCUAUAUAUAUAUAUAUAUAUGCUUCCAUCGGUUCUCUACGUCUGAGCAUGAAUAACCGACAUUAUUUGUCUUGAUUUACGGCUUAAAGGCAAAGGAACGCGAUAUAUUUUUGAGUCUUGAAGGAUUUUGACUUAUCGGAGUUCGAUCUCAACACGUUUUACUGAAUAUGUAUUAAUGACAGGUUUGGCUUAAGGCUACGGACUGAGCUAACAGAAUUAGAAGCAUUUAUAUUUAUUACAAACAUAAUAUAAUUUUCUUUACAAAAGUAACAAAAGUAUGUCAUGUUAAAUGGUAUUUGUAAACAGUUAAUAAUUUUUCAUACAAACUUUUAUUUUGAUUGAAUUGAACCAUUGCUCCAACUUUAAAAGUAAGGAUUACUUUGGUGAUUUUUUUCGCGAUGUCAAUUAAAGAUAAAAAAGAAAAAUUUAAUUUUCUCCUCAUAUUCUGUAGACAUAUAAAUAUUUUUUGUAAAAAUAACAGCUUUUUAUAAACCGUUAAAAAAUAGUUUCAAUUAAGCGCUACUUUGGUGAUAUCUCGGAAUAGCGACCUUAACAUCAUUUCUGUGAAAGUGCCUCAAUUAUUAUAAUUACAAUAUUAAUUCAAAUAUAGACAUUUAUAACCUGGAAAGAAACAGUAAAAUUGCACGCCUUGUGCAUGCCUUUCUUUAUUUAUAAAUAAAGAUAGGCAUGCAAUUAAUAUAUAUAUUAAUAUUCAUAUUUUAAUACAUUUCUAUUGUCCUUUGCAUCACUUUAUAAAAUAGAUUAGUAACCUUAGAUUAAGGAUUGGUCUCCGCUGCGCUCCAACUAGAUACCGCUACCUAAGAAAAAUAGCUUCUUUAUUGCGGCAACUAUUAGAUUCUCAAUGAUAUCUUUUUGUAGCAUACGCUUCGUGUUAUUUUACAUUGAAAGUAAUAAAUUACCAAAUAAUUACUGAUAAUAUGUGAUCCCAGUGUCUUUCUUAUUUCCUGUUAAUACAGUUUUUUUUACAAAGUAUUUUUGAAGCAAACAUAAUUAUUUUUUACAAAGUUUUACUACGUAGCCUGGCAUUAUAGGCUCAAUUAUUAGCAAAGUUGAACAAUUGGCAUAUCAACGUCACACAUUGUUCCAGACCGGCUCGAGUACGCUGUAAAUAAGCGUAGUAAAAGUUGCCGCACUUUGCGACUACUGCGGUAUCUAGUUGUUGCGUAGCGGAGACCAAUCCUUAAUCUAAGUAAGUUACAUUAUUAUAAAACUAAACACGUAAUAGAUUAUAGUAACUCCCAGUAUAAAUGUACUAUAGAACGUGGUCAUAGACUAGAUGAAUCCAAAUCAUAAUCCUCGCCCUAUAUGUUAAGUGUGAUUUUCAUUUCACUUAAAUAUAAAAUUAACCCUUACAUGUUGUUAUUUUGUUAUCACGGACGAGUAAAAAAGGAAGGACUCCACGCCGUGAUAUUAGCAAGUGAAACACCGUUAUGCUAGUGUGUGUGCGGUUACGGGGGAUACUAGUUACAGAAUUUUUUUUCCCUUAAAUAAUCAUAUAUGGCCAAAAAUACUUGUAAGUAUCGUUUUUACACUUUUUCACAACCCACGACGGCAUUUUUAAAAUAUUUUAUUGAGACGCAAACUGAUCUGUCACAGACGAUGACAAUUCUCAUAAUGGCCGCCUAUCGGCCUGUAGUAGUGCAAGUGUGUGCGUGGGGCUAUGUAUUUACACGUUAAUCGGCUUGUUUUGGUGCUACACUGUUAUGUAAGCUGACACGGAGUCCUUAUUUUUUUACUAGUCCGUGGUUGUUGUUUAUUUUAGGAGCACAAGAAUUAUUUGUUAUUGACACCUUCAUGCAUUGUGACAUUAAUUUUUAAUAAUUGUUUUUUGAACCAACACCUAAUAAAUAUAAACCUUCC